AUGAGCGUUGCAAUACAAAAGGCACUGGGCUGCAAAAAAAAUCCAUUGGCUUAUGAUAUUACAGCUGCUUGUAGUGGGUUUGUGCUAGGCCUAGUGUCAGCUUCUUGCUAUAUUAAAGGAGGCGGGUUUAAUAAUGUUCUUGUGAUUGGGGCUGAUGCUCUUUCUCGUUAUGUUGAUUGGACGGAUAGAGGGACCUGUAUUCUCUUUGGUGAUGCUGCUGGUGCUGUACUUGUACAGGCGUGUGAUAGUGAAGAGGAUGGUUUGUUUGGUUUUGACUUGCAUAGUGAUGGUGAUGGCCAGAGGCACUUAAAUGCUGCCGUCAAGGAGGAUGAAAUGGAUAGUGCGACGGGUUCUAAUGGUUCAGUCUUUGGCUUCCCUCCAAGGCGCGCCUCUUAUUCCUGCAUCCAGAUGAAUGGUAAAGAGGUCUUUCGUUUUGCUGUUCGUGCUGUGCCUCAGUCGAUUGAGGCUGCACUAGAAAAGGCUGGUCUAACUGGAUCUAACAUCGAUUGGUUACUGCUCCAUCAGGCCAAUCAGAGGAUCAUUGAUGCGGUGGCAACACGUUUAGAAGUCCCAUCAGAACGUGUAAUCUCCAAUCUGGCAAAUUAUGGGAAUACAAGUGCUGCAUCCAUUCCGUUGGCAUUGGAUGAAGCUGUCCGCAGUGGGAAAGUUCAGUCAGGCCAUACUAUAGCAGCUGCAGGUUUUGGAGCUGGUCUUACAUGGGGUUCUGCUAUCAUUAGAUGGGGAUGA